UCGCGGUGACGGGAGCGGUGGGGUAAGGUACCACCGACUCAAAAGUAUCCCCCCGAUAAAGGGGAGGCAGAGGGGCUCGCAAGAAGAACCGGUGCUCCUCCAGAUCUUUGCCUAUCCUACCUUUACUGGAGGACUAGGGCGGAGGAGCCGCACGGACUAGGAGCGACCACGGCCGCGAAAAGCAGACACAAGCCGCGGCUUGUGUUAAGUGCAACGCCACCACUUUUUAAAGUGUUUUUUUUUUCUUUAAAAAACUUUUGUGAUCACCUGAACCCUACCAGAGAAUAGCAUCCUCACAAAAGAUGCCACUUUCACCUUCAUAAAUUUGAGACAUUUGCGGAAGAGAGGGGCAGAAUUAAGGUGCAUCCUAAUUGGAUCUUCAAGAGAAAACCCCGCGUUUCUCUUUUACUUUCACUGAGACUGAGGGCUCAAGACUUUACAAGCUUCACCAACUGCUACUUUACUAUUGACUAUUAAAUUUCGGAGACUAAUCUGUUGGGCUUCUGUUUACCCCAAGGAGGGCUGUUUCUUCAUUUAAAAGCCGAGGCGAGGUGAGCAGGAUCGGGAGUUACUUGAAACUGUUUGAAAGGCUGAGAGAUUGAGACACAAUUUAAAUAAAAGACCAACUGACUGAAUAAGAUCAGAGAAGCAAAUCAGAGGAGAUUACAUCUUUCCCCUUCAUAUGUGGACUUUGCGGAUUUGGGAGCUCUUAUUGUCAUAUUGAUUAUCACUCAGUGAUUACAAUCCACUUGAAUUCAACUCUCUUCCCUUCCCUUGUGGAUAGGUUUGAACUGUGAUCAGUGGGCAGAAAGUGAAUGCUCUUCCCUUUAUUACAGUGUGGAUUUUGGUGUACUUGUUGUUUCUAUUGAGUGUGUAGUGAAAAUUUACUCUCCAAUUGAAUAAGAACACCUGUGACAGACAAGACCAGCUGCUCUCAAUCAACCAGAAAGCUACUAGAUAAGAAGAGAAAGAGGAGGUGCUGAAACCAGCAGAGACUGAAGUUUUUUUUUUUUUCUUUUUACCUUUAUCCUUUCCCUUUCUUUCUCUGCACCCUCCCCUCUCCCUCUUUUUCUUUCCCUCCUUUGCCCCCCCCUUAGUCUUUUCACUCCCAUUCUAACAUAUAAACAAAAAAAAAAGGGGAUUGAUUUUUCUAUAUUGAAACUUUAAUACUUCUAGCUGUGACAGACUCCCUCUAAACAGCCUAGAAGCAAACUUUUAUUUUCCUGUGUUGUUGUUCCUUUCACUCUGCUGGAAUAUUAAUCCUCACUUGAUGAGGGAGGAAUACUGAUAACUUUCUAUGAUGAAUACUAGAAGAAACGCAAACACAAAUUCAGGCCAACCAGGAAAUGCCAGGAGAACCUCAGUUGAAUUAGUAUCUAAACCCCAAGAGCAAAAUGACCAAAUAAUUGAGGAAAUGAGAAGACUUCAACGAGAGACAAGUAAAGAGAUACAGGCCUCUAAAGAUGAAAUAAAUUCACGAUUGGAUAAAAUUGAGAACGAAUUUGGACUAAUUAAUGGGAAAAUUAAAAAUUUAACGGAAGAACUAAGGAAAGUUGAGGAGAAGGUAGAAUUGGUGGGAAAAGAGCGUGAAGAAGAUGAAGAUACUAUCCUGAGGAUUUUGGUCAAACAAAGAGAAAAUUGUCUAAAAUUGAGAGGCCUUAGAGAGAAUGUAAACGAAAACCUGUAUGUUCUUUUAUGUCCAAUCUUAGCAAAUUUUAUUAACGAACCGGAAGAGCAAUUCCCUUGGGAAAUUGACCGGGCAUACAGGAUUAAUUCCAGAAUCGCUAAACUGAAAGGCCUGCCACGCGACGUCGUCGUUUAUUUUGUGAGGAAGCAAACGAGAGAUUUAGUUCUUAAUCAAAGCUACACAUCCAAGCUAACAAUUGAAGACCAAACAAUAACAAUUCUGAAAGACAUUCCGAGCAAGAUUUUGAAGAAACGUAAGGAAUAUAAAUGUUUAACUGAUGUCCUAAAACAAAACAAAAUUCCAUUCAGAUGGGAAGAAAUUGAAGGACUUACCGUCACCUGGAACCAGAAGAAAGUAAGACUGAACUCAGUUGAAAGGGCAAAAUUAUUCUUGAGAGGACUGAAGGAUGACCUAGAAAAGAAGGAAGAGGGAAGGGAGGACGACGGGGGUGGGGGGGAGUGAAUGAAAUUUUGGAAGUGCCUUCUGGGAAAGUUUUAAAAAUAUUUUUUUUCUCUUUUUUUCCUUCUUACUCUUGGAUUAAAGACUUACGCUAAUGGCUGUUGUUCUAAUAAAAAGUAAUAUUUGAUUCUAAUACAA